GACACCUGGUUUGGUAUUCCGAGUAGAAGUUAAGUUUCAAGGAAAAAUCUCCCCUUGAAGCUUUGUUUUCUUUCUGUUUUCAAAGGAACCAAGCUGUUAAGCUGGGGAUUGAAUUGGGGACAUGUAGGUCCCCGAGGCGCUUCUGAUCCAGGCCUGGGGACGUCGCUGGGCCCGCGAGGUUCCGGCCACCCGCGCGCCGCUUUCCCGGAAGGGCGAGCGAGCUGGGCCCGGGCGCGGCGCUUGGCCGGCGAUCGCGGGGAAUCAUGGAAGCUUAUAGAGAUGACAGAAAACAAGUUUGUAAAGAGCAUCAGCUGGAUGAAGGAUUUGUGAAAGAUGAGCAAAAUGAGGGAUUAACUGAUGAAAUUAUAAAGGAAAAUAGGCAGCUGUACGAGGAGAUCCAAAAACUUGAAGCUGAAUUACAAGAGGCUGCCAGAGACUUCCAAAUUAAAGAGGACAUUCCAGACAUAAAGAUGAACUUCACAUCAGUAGAGAAUCCUGAGAAUGACAGCCAGUGUUUAAAUGUCUCCUGUUCAUUUCAAGUGAGUUCCCAAAUUCCCUAUGAGCUGCAAAACGGACAAGCACUUAUCACCUUUGAGAAAGAAGAAGUUGCGCAAAAUAUAAUAACCAUGGGGAAACAUCACGUGCAGAUAGAGGAUGUGAAUUUGGAGGUUACUGCCCAGCCCGUUCCACUGAACCCAGGAGUCAGAUUCCAGGUUCACAUAGAAGUUUCAACAGUGAAGAUCAAUGUUACGGGGAUUCCUGAUGAGUUGCCUGAAGAUCAGAUGAGGGACAAGCUGGAACUGAGCUUCUGCAGGUCCCGGAAUGGAGGCGGAGAGGUGGAGAGUGUGGACUACGACAAGCCAUCCCGAAGUGCCGUCAUCACGUUUGUGGAGGCUGGAGUUGUGGACAAGAUUUUGAAAAAGAAAGACUAUCCUCUUCAUAUAAAUCAGAGGUGCCAUAGAGUGACUGUUUCUCCUUACAUAGAAAAACACUUGAAAAAGUAUCAGGUAUUUUCAGGAAUGGCUAAGAGGACGGUGCUGCUAACUGGAAUCAAAGGCAUUCAGAUGGAUGAAGAAACGGUGGAGGAUUUGAUUGGUAUUCACUUUCAACGGCAGAAGAAUGGAGGUGGAGAAGUAGAAGUGGUCAAGUGUUCUUUAUGUCAACCUUACAUAGCAUAUUUUGAAGAAGAGACCAACGGAAUUGUAUGAAACUUACAGCUUUUGAGUCCAAAUCACUAUGAACAUUUGAUAAAAAAUGAAAACUUUAAUUCAUUUUUUCUUUUUUUGAGACAAGGACUUGCUAUGUAGCCUUGCUAUGUGACUUAGAACUUGCAAUCUUCCUGCUUCAGCUCUCUAAAUUCUAGGAUUAUAGAUGUACCCCACCAUGCUUGGCUUAAAUCUUUAAUUCUUUAGUGCCCAUGAAUUCUUAGAAAUAAAAAUGUGUUUCCACGUUUUGAAACUCUUUUUUUGUCUCUAGCUCUGCUGUAGGCUGACAAGUAUAUGAGUGUACUGUGUGGAAAAGUUUUGUCCAUAAGUUAUGUGGAUGAGUUCCAUGACUGUUGAAAUCAACCUUAAGUCACCCAGAUAUCCCCGCCUGUGUUGGCCUGCUCUGUCAUGGUCAUGUGAGCCAGUUCUGUUUUGGUCCCAUGCCCGCCACUAUGUAGACUUGAUACAUAAAUAUUUUCCAAAAGAAAUUCAGUUCUAUUUUGCAGUUUAUUAUUUCUAUGGACUUUACCAAAGAUUCAAGGGACUGUAAUUUAUGUAAUUUAUAUUUGCCAUUAAGAGACUCUCCUGUCUGUCAUCCUUUGGGAGUUGGAAGAUUAUUUAAAGCUUUCAAAAAUAUUAAGAAGGUCUUAUCUGUUUUCUGUUGCUAUAGUAGAAUACCUGAGUCCAGGAACUUGUAAAGAGUAGAAGUUUACUUAGCUCAUAGUUUUAGAGGCUGGGAAGUCCAAAAGCAAGUU